AUGGCGCUGCGACCCUAUGAAGGAGGACGGUUCGAGGAGAUCGGAUCCGAAGAAGCACAUACGAUCGAAACCUUCGAACGACGUAUUGGUGGCACUCCGUACAGUGAACCUCAACGACAGUACUCCAGCCAGGAACACACCGAACGGCGGACUUUUGGCCGAGAUGAAAAUGGCGAAUUGGUCGUGAAAAUCGAAAAGAAUCCUGCGGAUCCUAUCCGUCCGGUGACUCCAGUUCGUCCAGUGAGUCCAGUUGGUGAUCACCGCCACUCACACCUUUUGAAGCCAAUCCAACCUCUGACCAUUCCACGGAUUGACGUCCGUUCAGCAACGCCAUCUCAACACAGCUCACGACGUAGUCAAGGGCCGACUACUCCACGUUCCCACUAUGUGACGUCACCGUCUCACAGCGCAAACAUUUCACCAAGAAGUGUAAGCUUCUCACCACAGAGUAACUCAAGCGGAAGCUCCAGCAAAAGUAAUCCAAUGAAAAAGAUAAUAAAAAAGUCGCGCUGGGUGUCCGUUCACGAUGGUCGGCCUGUAAGCCCGUACACGGAGACAGUAACCUAUGAACCAGCAUUUCCAGAUCGAUAUAGCAGGCGAGUUAUUGGAUUCAAGCUGGGGUUCGACGAGAGAUAUUGUCUUAAUCUGGUAGAGUGA